AUGGCGGAACUCCACCUAGAGGGUGCUUUCCGUCAGAAACUUAUAAAGUUUAUCCCAUAUACUGAACUCGAAAAUUUGACUCGAAUUGAAGGUGGCUAUUCUGGAAGUAUCCAUACUGCAUAUUGGCAGAAAUUAAGAAAGACAGUUGCUGUUAAAAG